AUGCGUGCUUGGACAGCGGUGGCCAGCACCCUCACCUUCAUAGGGACGGAUGUGACGUUGACCACCCUGUUGUACGAACACAACCGCCACAGCAGGACCAUCCUUCAGGAUCUCAAGCACUUCAACAUCUUUGACUCCAUGCUGGAUAUUUGGGGCUCUUGCCUGUAUCGCAGCUGCCUGCUCUUGGGGGCCUCCAUUGGGGUGGCCAAAAACACCAGUUAUGGUCCCAAACGGUUGAAAGGGUCCCGGAUCUUUAUCAUCUUGGUCUGUUUGGCGAUUGGGAUUUAUGCCCUGAUCAAGUUGCUUCUUUAUUCUGAAGUGAGAAAGACCAUCAAGGACCCUUGGUUUUGGGGUUUGUUCGCCUGGACCUACAUCUCGCUGGUGGCCACUUUCUCCUUCUGGCAGCUGCUCUCCUCUGUGACCCCUGCCAGGGAUGCCUUGGGGAUUAAUUCAGAAUCCAGGGCUGAAGCAGAAGACGUUGGAGACCCCAGUUCUCCUGGGGUUCGGGGAAAGAAAGAGGAGGCCUCAGCUGCCACCAUUUGUAAACUCCUGUCCUACACCAAGCCAGAUGUUCACUUCCUUGUGGUGGCCUUUUUCUUCCUCUUACUAGCUGCUUUAGGAGAAACCUUCCUUCCAUACUACACUGGCCAGGCCAUUGAUGGGAUAGUCAUCCAGAAGUCCAUGGACCAGUUUUCCAAGGCAGUGGUGAUCAUGGCGUUUCUAGCCAUAGGAAGCUCAUUUACCGCAGGUAUCCGAGGCGGCCUCUUCACCCUGGUGUUUGCUAGAUUGAAUAUCAGGCUCCGUAACAGACUGUUUCGAUCGCUAGUGGUGCAGGAAAUGAGUUUCUUUGACGAAAAUCUCACCGGUGACAUCAUUUCCCGACUGACCUCAGACACAACCAUUGUGAGCGACCUUGUCUCCCAAAACAUCAACAUCUUUUUGCGCAACCUGGUCAAAGCCACCGGGGUCAUUGUUUUCAUGUUUAGUCUCUCGUGGCAGCUGUCCUUGGUGACCUUCAUGGGCUUCCCUAUAAUCAUGCUGAUGUCAGACGUUUAUGGAAAAUACUAUAAGAAGCUCUCUAAAGAAGUCCAGAACGCGUUGGCCAAGGCGAACAACACUGCCGAAGAAACCAUCUCCGCUAUGAGGACAGUUCGAAGCUUUGCCAACGAGGAGGCCGAGGCUGACGUCUAUUGGGAGAAAUUGCAGCAAGUCUACAAACUUAAUAAAAAAGAGGCGAUGGCUUACACCUACUACGUGUGGUCAAAUGGACUCACCCUACUCAUCGUUCAAGUGAGCAUCUUAUACUAUGGAGGCCAUCUGGUGAUCACUGAGCAAAUGACAAGUGGCAACUUGAUAUCCUUCAUUAUUUAUGAAUUCGUCUUGGGGGACUGCAUGGAGUCCAUUGGUUCAGUUUACAGCGGCCUCAUGCAGGGCGUGGGAGCUGCUGAAAAGGUAUUUGAGUUCAUAGACCGUCAGCCCACGAUGUUAAAUGAUGGGAUUCUGGCUCCUAGCGAACUGGAAGGAAAAGUGGAAUUCAGAAAUGUCACUUUUGCUUACCGCACGCGUCCUUCGUCCCAGGUUUUACAGGAUGUCUCCUUCACUCUCCAUCCUGGGAAAGUAACAGCGCUGGUGGGUCCUUCAGGCAGCGGGAAGAGUUCCUGUGUCAACAUCAUGGAGAACUUCUACCCUCUUCAACAGGGCCAGGUUCUUCUGGAUGGACAGCCUAUCAAUCUGUACCAACACAAGUAUCUUCACUCGGUGAUCUCCCUGGUGAGCCAAGAGCCGGUCUUGUUUGCCCGAUCUAUUGCGAAGAACAUCUCUUACGGUUUGGACUCAGCCCCACACGAUUUAGUCGUUCAAGCUGCCCAAAAUGCCAAUGCCCACACCUUUAUUAUGGAAUUGCAAGACGGCUAUCACACAGAAGCUGGGGAGAAGGGAACCCAACUGUCCGGCGGUCAGAAGCAGAGAGUGGCGAUCGCAAGAGCUUUAAUCAGAAACCCACCAAUCCUGAUUUUGGAUGAGGCUACAAGCGCUUUAGAUGCAGAGAGUGAACACGCGAUUCAGAAAGCUAUUUAUGGACAUGUGCAGAAUCACACGGUGCUGGUCAUCGCCCAUAGACUGAGCACUGUGGAAAAGGCACACCACAUCAUUGUUCUCGACAAGGGCCGUGUGGUACAACAAGGGACGCAUAAGCAGCUUAUGGAAGAAGGCGGCCUUUAUUACAAGCUAGUGCAAAGACAGAUUCUUGGCCAUGAAACAGGCACAGGGGACAGCUGUCCAGUGGAUGGUGGCUUGGCUAACAUCCAGAAAGGUUCUCCCAAGACAGGAUUGGCAGAAGAGAUAAAGAAGUGA